GCGCGGGCGCCAUUUUGGCAGGGCCGGGAGCAGCCGAGCGGGAGCAGCAGCGGCGGCCGCGGUGGCGACGGCGACGGGUGGCGGAGCUCGGCCCGGCCCGGCGCAGCGGCGGCGGCGGCAUCGGCGGUGGGCGGCCCGGCGGAGCCCGCGGCGGAGAUGGCCAACAUCGCGGUGCAGAGGAUCAAGCGGGAGUUCAAGGAGGUGCUGAAGAGCGAGGAGACAAGCAAAAAUCAGAUCAAAGUAGAUCUUGUAGAUGAGAAUUUCACCGAGCUAAGAGGAGAGAUAGCAGGACCUCCGGACACCCCGUAUGAAGGAGGAAGAUACCAACUAGAAAUAAAAAUUCCAGAAACGUACCCAUUUAAUCCUCCUAAGGUGCGGUUUAUCACCAAAAUAUGGCAUCCUAAUAUUAGCUCAGUCACGGGGGCUAUCUGCUUGGAUAUCCUAAAAGAUCAAUGGGCAGCAGCAAUGACUCUAAGGACAGUGUUGUUAUCACUGCAGGCGCUCUUGGCCGCCGCGGAACCUGACGAUCCACAAGACGCGGUUGUAGCAAAUCAGUACAAACAAAAUCCAGAAAUGUUUAAACAGACAGCUCGACUUUGGGCACACGUGUAUGCUGGAGCCCCAGUUUCUAGUCCAGAGUACACCAAAAAGAUAGAAAACCUUUGUGCUAUGGGCUUCGAUAGGAAUGCAGUAAUAGUGGCCUUGUCAUCAAAAUCAUGGGAUGUAGAGACAGCAACAGAACUCCUUCUGAGUAACUGAGCCGUGGGCAGAGAACUGCUUCUGUCGUCCAGUUCGUCCUUUCUCGAGGAGCAGCGCCGUCUCUUGUUUUUAGGUUUCUAUAUAGAUUCUCUUUUAAAACUGGCAUUCUUGCCUGAUGCCAUCUAGGCACUAUUGGAGACUGAAAAAAAAAUCCUGCUCUGUAAAUAAAGCUAAUUAAACGUCUGUGUAAAUUUAAAAAAGGGGGAAAUACUUUAAUUUUUUUCUUACUAAAUAUUGUAAAUUCCUUGCGCUUGGAUAAAACAAUGGGGGACAACAUGCCUACUGUAGUGCUAGCAGCGUGACCAAGACUAGCAGGAAUUUGCGUCAGGAUUUUGACUUUAAGAAUUACUCAGAACACAUCACCGAUUGUGUCCAUAGUCAUCAGUUGUUGAUGUCACUCAUCCCAGCUACCUUACAGUUUUUAAAAUGGAUCCUACGUGCCUGUGGACUGACCUUGUAUUUGCAUGCUUGUACUUUACUUAGACAUUUUUAAAAAGUAGGGUAACCUGAACAGAGCACCAUUUGAAGUACUUGAGCAUUCAUUCUUGUAACUUUUCCUCAAACUGUUCCAGAUGUGCUCAUAGUUCAAAAUGCCCACUCAUUUUCACCGCCGACUCCCACAUCUCUUCCUUUCCUCCUCAGCCCCCUCAAACUCCCAGCUGCACAUACAGCUAUAAUACCACACUAGAACCUCUCCAGAAUUUUGUGGGUAUGUGCCAUUUAAAAUAGCCUAAGGUUUCCACUUCAAGUGGUAUAUUUUGAACAACCAGUAAAAGUGUUUCAAUCAUUGUAAUUUCUAUGCUAUUGUAUAAAGGUUUGGUAUAUUUGGACAUAGCACAAAUAAGUGAAGCUGCUCUUUUGUUUCUUACACAGAAAUCAAACCUCUUUCAAUAAAUUCUGGACAGAAUUAAUUUUGCUGGGAAGAACUGGUUCUCUGUUAACACUGAGAAUGCCCCCAAUGUCUCUAGUAUUUGCUGUGGGGCAAUCAGAUUUUUGGCAGUAGCAUUCUACGUUGAUUUUUGGACAUGUUUUUGUGUAGGGGUUGCUUAUAAAGAGGUCACACACUGCAUUUUUCCUGGUUGACACUUGGAAGGCUCUUUUUUAAAAAUUGUACAUAUGUUAAAAGCCAGUAGAAGUUUCCUCUGGGCUGAUGUCUGCGAAAAUGCUUGUACAUAUAGUCAGUCUUUUUAUUAAUCCUGAGAGAUCUAAAACAUCUGAAUCAUUAGUUUUAUAAUCUAACAUAUCUACAUUCAGUGUUACAGUAUCUUUAUGGAACUGAAUCAAUAAUUACUUUUGAGCUAAAAUGCAAAGAUUACGAGGGGCACAAUCUGAGGAUAUGAAGUGGAACAACAGUUGUUUUCUUUCCACUGUUUCAUCUGUAUAGUAAAUAGGAACGUGUACAGUCCAUUUUUUGCUUGAAGAUCAGAUAAUGGACUCCUGCAUCACUCCUUUUGCCGAUUAGUCGUACAGGGGCACGUCUGAUGCAAAAUAGGGAGAUUGAAGAGACGGGCAUGAGCAGGAUUGUUUUCUGCCGCAAAGUUUGUCCGCAACUUCAACGUUAUUAGGACACACGGGGAAAAAAACAAUUCCUGUAGGUGUCCGCAAAACACAGUGCAUCUCUUCACAUCCUGUUUAUGCGUUUGGUGAUUGUGGGUUUUUUUUUCUUGCGGUCAUGUAAAUCACUUUCAAAUGCCAAAGGAAAUGUGAUCUUUUUUUUUCAUUCCUUAAUAUUUAUUUUUUUUAACAAGCUGCUGCUUCAACAAGUUUGUUAAAUAAUAACCAGGGCCACCGUAACCCUGGCAGUCUGCCAUUUGUGUUUGUAUUUUUUAAAAUGGUCAAUAUUUUGAGUUCAUCUGCAACUUUGUUUACCCUGGUGGUAAUUUUGUGUAAAUGGCUGUUGGAUUACAUUUUUCCUUGUUCUUUGCAGUUUUAUUAAAGGAAAGAACUCGGAA